AUGCUACCUAGGGUACUACUCUAUCUGCCUAGGGUUGUAGAGAGCUCAUAUGCUCAUACAGAGACUUACGAUAUCUUUGUACAGGGCUCGUGUAGCACGUCAGACCUCACGCCAACGUUGAUCGGCAUUUACGAUUCGCUGCUGGAGCCGGUCAAAAGCCUGAGGCCGGAGGCCAGCCGCUUGGAGACCGCCAAAGAUGCCAGAAACGACCCGCCAGUCGCACGCCAGACGCGCAUCAUGACCGACAAAACUAAAGACGAGGUCAGCAGCCCGGACGUGUCGAGAUCCCCACCGAAGGACCCCUCCAAAUUGGCCGGCGGCGUGAAACUGCCCAUUGCGACCCUCAACAAAAGUUCCCUGUACAGCAUUAGAACUAACAGUGAUAAUAAUGGUGCUAGUGAUAUCAAACAUGACCUCACACCCAGUGAUAGCGCGUCCCUUAAGGAGCAUAAAAUGCAAAGGACUUUCAAAGAAACAAAACAUCUGGCAGAAACGACGACCUUUGAUAACCUGUCGCCGAACGUGAAGCGGAUGAUAUCGAGCGCGUCGGAGACGACGACGUUAAAGUUCCAGAAGAAGGGUGUUAGCUUGAUCAGGUCUUCGACGAGGCACAGAUGCAACAUCCCCCUAGUGGGUGCCACAUCAAAAAUUUCCCAGUCGGGCCUCGAAAUACUGCCGUCUGUCGAAAUCUACGACCAGCCGUGUACUCUGAAAAGCCCACCGAAACCAAUCACAGACGAGGAAUGCGAGAGACCGACGAAAAAUGUCCCCGUCAAACCGGAUCUAGUUAUAGAAACCGACCAGACAUACGAUGUCCCAACUAACAACAGACCAGCGAUCUACGACGUUCCUAAUUCAAACAAAACCGCCUUCGAAUCGUUGUCGUUACCGUACAUCGACCAGUCCAUCGAGCUCUCUAUAUCGUCAAACGAUAGAGAAUUCGAUACAAAACUGACAUCGAAAGAUAAUUCUCCCCAAAAGCCGGAAGCGAAACUGGCAGUCGAGGAGUCUCCUUCGAAAUUACCGAAAGCCCGGACGAACAGCUUGCACAGGAAGACACCACCAGUCACAAACGAAACAAUCCCGAAGCGGUUGAUGAAAUCGGCGCCUUACCCGGAAACGAUAGGCUCCACGGGCAAUUUGAAGUCGUGCAAUGUACCAGAGAAAGAGGUGACCAGACUCAACCCACCGGUCCUCGAAGUGACAAGACCUUUAUCGAUGAGUUCCAUCGCCUCCUCGAGCUCAACGUCGAGCAGCGGCGUUCAAAACAAAGGGGGAGUGAACUCGGCGUAUUUGGCUUCAAUCGAGAGCCUUGACGACCACAGUGACGUCGACAUGACGUCAGCAAAUGGCAGCAAUAACUUCGUCAAUAGCGCGGGCAUUUUAAAGGCCGGCGUGUCAGAUGGGCGCUCGGAGAAUAUGCCGCACCAGCAGUCCCUGGACGAGAUGUCGGGGCUAUCGCAAUUGGAGCGGGUUUGCGCCGAGAUCGUGCAGACCGAAAAGGUCUACGUGGAAGACCUAAGGCAGGUCGUAGAGGGCUACUUGCACGUUUGGAGGCGGGACGCCACCUUCUCUGAGGAAGAGCUCUCAGAACUGUUCAACAACAUCGAAGACAUCUACGCUUUUAACAGCUCUCUAUGCGGGGAACUGAACACGUGCCGCUUGGACGCGACCUGCAUCGCGCGCUGCUUCGUCAACAACACCGCCGGCUUCGCGGUGUACACGUCGUACUGCACCGGCUACCCGCGCACCAUGGAGAGGUUAGCUGACCUCGCCUCGAAGCCGCAGAGCGCCCGCCAGUUCAGGGAGAGGCAGAUGGAGCUGCAACACCCGCUGCCGCUCGCCUCCUACCUCCUGAAGCCGGUGCAGAGGAUCCUCAAGUACCAUCUGCUGUUGCAGAACGUGGUCAAGCAGUGUGCCUCGAGGGAGACGGAAUACGCUUUGCUGAAGAUGACUGGCAUCGCUCAGCACAUAGACGACAUGAAGCGGAGACACGAGCACGCCGUUCGCGUACAGGAGAUCCAAUCUCUGCUCUACGGCUGGAAUGGUCCGGACUUGACGACUUACGGAGAGUUGUGCGCCGAAGGGACAUUCAGAGUGUUCGGCGCUAAGGCGAUGCGUCACGCCUUCCUCUUCGACAAAAUGCUCCUGGUCACCAAGAAUCGGGAGGACGGCAUCCUCGCGUACAAAUCUCAUAUAAUGUGCAACAACAUGAUGCUGGUGGAGUCCAUAGCCGGGGCGCCGCUCUCGUUCCACGUGAUUCCCUGGGACGCGCCGCGUGCGCAGCUCACGUUGCAAGCCCGCUCGCCGCGGCACAAGCGAGAGUGGACCCUAUUGCUGAAGCGGGUAAUAUUGGAGAACUAUAAUGCCGUCAUUCCAUCCCAUGCAAGGCAGUUGGUGAUGGAGUUGGGACAGAACAAAACUGACGAUGACAUGCUGGCCGAGAAAUCGCAUAACCUCAUAACUCAAGCGUCGAUGAGGAAGCAGCUUUCGGCCCCCGAGUACCUCGAAAAGAGGAAGCUAGAAAGAGAGAGAAGAAAAUCAUUCGAAAACGGAAUACGUGGCCGUUUGAAAAAGGCGAAUAGGAAAUAUACGCUGCCCAAUUGCAGGAACGAGAGCGUUGAUUGCGACUGCGUACAAUAUUCGGCCGAGAAAGGGACAGACUAUACCUGCGACAACUGCUACAUAGACCUCUGCUCCGAUUGCGAGACAGAGCUAUCGAGUAAAUCAAAGGUUAGAGAGGGACAGUGCAGCUGUGCUGUCGAUGACGCCGAGAAUAAAGGAGAUAAAUGUCCGGAGUGCGACAGACUGUUGCAUUACAUAGACUCAUGCAGCGCGGAGCAUUUGGAGAGGAAACAGCUGCGAUGCAAGUGCUCCGACUUCAAAUCCUCCCAAGAGAGCUUCGGGAAGGAGUAUCCCGGUUCGUCGCUAAACAAAACCAGGGGAUACCACUCCUCCGACAAUAUCGUGGGCUACACGGACGCGAGAAAGAGCAAAGAGGACCUUAGCGACACGAACAAUUCGCUAUCCAGUGUACGUAACAUCCCGAAGACCUGUUUAAAGUGCGCCAAAAUCAAAGAGAACAUACCGGUGACGGAUUCCAUUCAGACGCUGCACUCAAGGAGGUCUAGGUGCGUCGACGAUAAACAUAGGACCGACACGCUAAGGUCCAAGUCGAAAGACGACCCGCAGCGGUCGAAACUAUCAAAAAUUGGCACGUGGAGGAGGAAAUCCGAACCGGGCCUCCAGCAAAACCCGAUAGGGCUGAUCUCGAAGAAGAGCCAAGACGGCGAAGAGAGGAACGACAGUAAGGGCUGCGAGAAGAUAGAGUUCGAAUGCCGCAAUUGUGGCACGAACAAAAUAACGCGCAAAACGAAAACCAGUGACGGAUCGAUUAUAUCCGAUCCCGAGGUCGAUACCAAGAAGAGGAUCUCUAACGCCGCCCUGAAGACAAGCUUGGAGAUAAAAAUGUACAACACUAAAAACGUGCCAAAGAAAAUCUCGAAGAUCAAGAAGAACAGGGCGAAAGGCCUGCGACUCACAUCGGACACGACCAGCCGCUUCUACGCGGACUUUUCCACAGACGUGUCGACCGAGAACAUUCUUCAUAUAUCCGAAUCCAACGACAGCCUUAACGUGAACAAAGAGCAGAGCGCUAAAGAAGACGAAGAGAGAAUCGAACAGCCCGGAACCAUCACCAAAGACGAAGACAUAGAUGAGGAGACGUACAAAAAGUUAAUAGAGAAAACGGACUCAUUCAAAAAGAACGAAUUGGAGAAAGUGAAGUAUCUGCACAAACAGAAGGUUAUAGACGAGCAUUCCGAGGCGGAAGAUCGAGUUGCUGACAAAGAACUGGCCAACGACGAAAUAACAGAGAGCUGUGAAGAGACCGAGCAACCGUUGGAACAGAUAAUAUCCCAGCUGCUACUAGAAAAUCGCGAAUUCCAGAAGCUUCUGAAGAAGCAGCAGCAACGAAACAGCGCCCAGAGGAGGCAUCAGAGACUGUUGAAAUCGCACUCCAACCCAGAUCAAGUGAUCAUGGCGAGAAGCUUCGAAUCGACCGGCCUCAAGCCCAAAUACAUUCGGCAGACUUCCGAGAAUUUGGAACUGACCGCGGACAGGGUUGAAGAACAGGAUAACAUACCGGACCCCAAACACGAGGAGAUUAUGUCGGACGAUGAUCACAUCUACGAGACUUUAAGAAUGGAAAACAGAGUCGACGAGCGAUUGCACUCACUGGACAGCAAGAGCAAGGCGAUCCAGCACAGCGUGCAUGCCACACGGCCCAGACGCCUAUCAUCGCCUACAAAUGCGCUGUCCGAAAUGCGAAACAUAACGGAGUCCGACUACGUCUACCUAUCCUUCAACGGUCAGGAUGACGACGGGAUAUACGACGUGCCCGUCAAAUCGCCGAGGGCGAAAGCCGACGACAGUUACGUGACGAUGGAGAAGAGGGGCCCGCCCGCGGAGAACCUUUACGACCUGAUAGACGUGUGCAGGAGGAGCAAGGAGGCUGGAGAAUAUCUGCCGAUGAGCCCAGAGCAGAGCCCGAACGCGCCUGAAAUAUGGCUCAGCAGGCAGAAGGAGCACUUCAACGUGUCGAGGGAUAGGAAGUCCGGCUCGCUGCCGAGGAGCUUUCAGGUGGUCACCGGUGGGCAGGAAGACCUGGGCACGUUCAAGUUCAAGCCUAACGGCAACGGCAAGACCUAUCUGAAUAGAGACGGCAAGGUGAUGAGCACGGACAGGCCGUUCACCAUAGCCUCGGACCAGAGCGAGCUGAGCUACGACGACGUGGAGAGCUACAUCGGCGAGGGCGACAUGUUCAAGUUCAACAAGAGCCCGAACCCCAACGAGGCGGACUACCCGCAAAUCAGCCAGUCCACCCUGGAGCUCGAGGAGGAGAUAGACAGAUGCUACAAGAACAAUUUCGGCAAGAUCGACGGCGACGCGAGCAAGAACGAUACCGCUCUAACGGCUCAGGACCCCAACUUGAAUAUGUCAACUACGUCGUCCUGCGAAGUCUUACCCAUAGAGAGGGAGGACGAUAAGAAAGAUUCAGAAGUUAUCCACCCGGAGCAUAAAAUAUACAAGCCCACUAGCAACGUGCUGUCCCUAAAGAACGUUUUGAGCCGUUUUAAAAAUCGAACACCGAACAAAAGCAGCGAGGAGUCCGAAAUCGUGAACGAACAAACACUAGAUAACUCGAAUAAAAGUCCACCCAAUGAAAAGAGAUCUGCCCUCAACCCCAGAAGCUACUCCAAAAAUCUCCUGCAAAGGUUCAGAAGCAUAAUCGGUGACGAACCUGACGACCAUGCGAAAUCCGAGACGAAAGCUAAAGCCGCCGAUGAUUUGCAAAAUGGUACCCUAAAGACUGACAUUAAGGUUGUCAUUUCCACGACGGACCUCAGUCCGUCAUCGACUGUGGUAGGCGCGAUGCACGAUGUAUUAAGCAAAAGCGUUCACGAAAGUACAACAUUGAGCGCGAGCCAGACGGAGAAGAACAAUCUAGAAACGCUCUCGCACAGCUGCGACAACCUUGCACAGAAAAGCGACAAGCCGCGGCCUAACUACAGUAAAAGCGUAAGCAUGGUGACCAGCACGCCGAACUCGGUGAAUUCCUCGCCGUUGAAAUCCAACAACGGCUCUUACCAGAGUCUAAACAAACUGCCGAUCUACAUGCAAGGCAGCAAGUAUUUGGGGGCGAGGAUAGCCCAAUCCGACUACGUGGACCCAACGACGCUGGUGAACGAGAAGAACGCCCUUAAAAAUGUCAACGUGUUGAUAAACAAAAACGCCGUCAGACCGGACAGUUUGUUUUCCAACUCGUCCUUCGUCACCUCGUCCAGCGAGAGCACUUACCACGAGCCGCAAAGCAAGCAAAAUCCUUGCAGCACCGGUACUGGUGAAGCGAAAGGUAACAUGGAGUCGUCCGCGCAAGUCAACUCCGACGAGAGUUUCUACGAGAAAUCGUUCGAGAGGAUCGAGCAUUUCACUGACCAGGACGUCUUCAGAGACUCCGCUGUUUACUCCGAUCAAGAGGACUUGGACGAAACUAGAACAUAUUCAAGUGACAAGGAUAGAAUAGUUAAUAAGACCGUCAAACGUAUCGAAAGCCUGAAGUGUAACGAGUCCAUCCAAUCUAAAGUUAGAUCUAAAGUUAUCGUGACAACCAGCACAAGCGAAGAAACGCGUACAAGCUCCAAAGUGACGAUAAAGACGAAUAAAGUGAAGGAAACGAUCCGACAUGACGACAUGAGAAGCGAUGUGAAACAAGCCACGAAACCCAAAAUAGCUCCUCCAGUGCCUGUCAAACCAAAAAUGGCGGGAGCAAUGACAACGCACAAUAAAGCGUCUGUUAAGCAAAGUACAGCUACUCAAGAACAAACGACCACCGAAACGAUUAAUGUACAGACGAUGAGACUGAAUGUGAAUAGCAAGCCUUUCCUAGCGCGCUCAGAAUCCAGCCCAUUAGCGGAGAAUCCCAAAAGGAACGUCAAAGAGACAGUUGCAGUUAAAGAGGAAGCAACAGACGCGGCUAACCAAGGAGAAGAAGAUACGAAAUCCAGCAACAAGUUCAACCAACAUGGCAAUAUACAGCUGAAACGGAUGAGUUUCGAAAGGGCCAGCCUGGAUUCGGCUACGCGGAAGACCAAAGUGCACACCGAAAAGCGUCCCUCGAUCGAAACUCCGAAAAUCGCCGCGAAGACAGUACUAGAGAGGCGAAUGGAGCUCGAGAUGAUGUCUAACAGCCAAGCUAAAACUAAGCCUGGGGUAAAAAAGCCGGUGUGCAGCGCCAAACCAAAAUCUAUAACAACUAAGGUGGCUUCGUUCGAAAAGGGCGGAGGCGAAAUCGGCAAAGAAUCGAGGUCCCACAUUCCGAGCGGCAGCGCGGAUAGAGUGAACGUUACGUCAAACAGAAAUAGUAUUAACGUUCAAACUGAAAUCGCUGAAGACCUUAAAGGCAGUUGGGUCAAGCAGGUCGUGAACAAAUUCCAA